AUGGCACGGCUACCUCACAACAAUGCGCCAACCAAUGCAGGCGCCUCCUUGGCGGACAGCAGCUCCAUCGAAGAUCUUUUUUCUGGCCUCCACAUCUCCCCUGCUCAAGCUCGGGGCAUCGUCAUCGCUUUGCUUAGGAUCUCAAACGGUGAUUCGAAUGCAAACGCCCCAGCCACGGUUGGCGAGGCGAGAUCAGGAAUCGCGCCUGACGAUUUUGAAGUUCUACCACCAGUCAGCAACGCCGAGGCUUCCAACCCCGUCGCUUCUAGCCCUGCCACCACUGAUUGGUCCACCACCAUCGUGGUGUCUCCUGCUGGUGACGAGCUUGAUCAUUUACUGGCCGACGACGUUAUUCUCGUCUCCUCACGCUUGUCUCCUCUCAGUCCAUAUCCCGUGCGUCCUUUAGCUUCCCGAGCAUCCGCUGCUCCUGCAGUGGCCAUGGCUCUCGUUGCUAGCCCAGCUGGCAACAGUCGCACUGAAGCAGUAACAGAUGCCGACAGUGCGUACCUCGACGCGCCUGCUGUGAGCUACACUGACAAUGCAAUGACAGCAUCCGCAACUCUUGUAGAUCUCGCCAACCUCACUGCAGCUGUCACAGCUACGGCCCUCAGUUCUGAUGAUGGUGAAGAGGAUGUUGAAGACAACGGCGGUUUGUACCACAUUCCUGCCAGCACUGAAGCCGGCCCUUUCUACAUGGUCACCCGGGGAUUAGAAAUCGGAAUCUUUGCAGGCUGGGGCAAUACCUCUCAGCUUGUCACUGGCAUCUCCAAUGCAGUUUUUUCGCGCGUGCCAAGCGUUCAUGAAGGCCAUAUCCGGAUGCAGCAGGCCAUUGCAUCGGGGUUCGUUAAGCAACUACACAAGUGA